AUGGGCAAAACCGAAGACGCCAAAGCCCUCGCCUCCGAAUCCCCCUCCUCCCACGUCGACACCCACGGCCUCAUCGUCAGCACCAUGAACGACAUCCCCGGCUACCGCGUCACCUCCGUCCUCGGCACAGUCUACGGCCUCACCGUCCAGAGCCGCAACUGGGGCGCCGACAUAGGCGCCAUCCUGCGCUCCAUCGUCGGCGGCGAGAUCAAGAUGUUCACACGCGCAAUACGGCGCAGGAGCGCUUGGUUUGAUGCCGCCGAGUUGUGUGGGUUUGCGCAGGUUUGCGCGUAUGGGACGGCGGUGGUUGUUGAGAAGAUUUAA